GAGGGCUACAGAGGAGAGAGAGAGGCUAGGGUUUCUUAAAGCCCACAGCCAUAUUCCUCUAAUUCAGAUCAACAACAGGAACAAGAAGAAGAAGAAGAAAAUGGCCAUUUUUCAGAGUCCCCAUCUCUUAGUACUCACAUUUGGCAUUCUUGGCAACGUCAUUUCCUUCUUCGUCUACUUGGCUCCUCUGCCGACGUUCUACCGAAUAUGGCGAAAGAGGUCGACCGAGGGCUUCCACGCACUGCCAUAUCUGGUGGCGCUCUUCAGCUCCACCCUUUGGCUCUACUACGCCUUCCUCAAAACUAACGUCUUCCUUCUCAUCACCAUCAACACCUUUGGCUGCGUCAUCGAGUUUCUCUAUUUCAUCGUCUUUGUCACCUUCGCCACGGACCCAGCCAGGAGGUUGACGAUGAGAAUCUUUGGUGUGAUGAACAUGGGGCUGUUGGGACUGAUCCUUGUUUCAAUUCACUUCAUUUCCAAAUCUUCGGAUCGUGUUAAAGUUGUGGGGUGGAUCUGUGUGGCUGUUUCUGUCUCUGUUUUUGCAGCUCCUUUGAGCAUUCUGAGACAAGUUGUUCGAACAAAGAGUGUUGAGUUUAUGCCAUUUCCAUUGUCGUUCUUCCUUACAUUGAGUGCCAUAAUGUGGUUUGCUUAUGGCCUUCUCCUAAAAGAUAUAUGCAUUGCUAUUCCAAAUGUAAUGGGGUUCAUAUUGGGGUUACUUCAAAUGGUGUUAUAUGGAAUUUACAGAAAGAGGAAAGAGGAGAAAGAGAAGCUACCAGAACAGCUAAAAAACACAAGUUGUGGAGCUGCUGAGGUCCAUCCUGUUACUGAUGCAAACAAAAAUGAUGCACAAAACCAAACCAAUCAAUGUGCUGUUUAAUAAUUCCACUUUUUCUUUAUAUUUUCCUCUCUCUCUCCUCCUCCCCUACCAAAAUGGCCCUUUCUCUCUCCUCUCCAACAACUUUUACCUAUAUUACUAUAAUCACAUCCAUUUCUCAUUCAGAUUCGGAA